GGAGGGCGAUUCGAUUUUGAUGACGGAGGCACGUACUGUGGGGGCUGGGAGGAUGGCAAGGCCCACGGUCAUGGAGUGUGUACGGGUCCUAAAGGUAUGGGCGAAUAUGCUGGCGCCUGGCAAUACGGAUUUGAAGUUUCUGGAAUAUAUACCUGGCCCAGUGGAAAUAAAUAUAAGGGACAAUGGUUCCAGGGCAAGCGGCAUGGUCUAGGGACUGAAAAUAAGGGUCGAUGGAUUUAUCGUGGUGAGUGGACCCAGGGAUUUAAGGGCCGUUAUGGAGUGCGGGCUAGUACCACCUCAGGGGCCCGAUAUGAGGGAACUUGGACAACUGGCCUUCAAGACGGCUAUGGGUGUGAAACGUACGCCGAUGGAGGCACGUUUCAGGGUCAGUGGUUACGGGGAACUCGCCAUGGAUACGGCGUUAGAUCUAGUGUGCCUUACGGACUCGCCUCACAUUACCGUCCUAAAAAGAUUCGCGCCUCUCUCACGUCGAUACGUAGUGAGAACGAGGACGAACAAGUUGUGAAAAAUCGUGAUAAAAAACUUGACGAAAGUCGGGGAGGUUUCGUCCUAAAAGCUAGAAGUGACGAAACACCUCCAAGUCGACGCCGUUCCAUUUUCGACAAACAGGGUCGAUCUAGUUUGCGAAAAACGUUAAUGUCAGGAUUGAAGUUAAAGAAACAAAAAAGUACAGGGGAUAUUAAUGAUUCGCCAAAACGCCAAACGGGGUCGGUUCGUAGUACGAUUAGUAACAUUAGCCAUGUCAGUGCCGAUUCAACUCAGUCUGGAAUAACGAACGCUUCUGUAUAUACAGAUAGUAAUCUUAGUUUUGUUAGUCAAGACGAUAUCACUGAUGUUAACGUAACAGAAACGUAUAUGGGUGAAUGGAAAAACGACAAACGUUCCGGGUUCGGAAUAAGUGAACGGUCUGACGGAUUGAAAUACGAGGGAGAAUGGUACAACAACAAGAAAUACGGAUAUGGAGUUACGAUUUUUAAGGACGGAACUAAAGAAGAAGGAAAAUAUAAAAACAAUGUGCUUAUUUCAUCGGGCAAGAAAAAUAAAUUAUUCUUAAUUCGGACUUCAAAGUUACGUGAACGUGUGGAUAACGCUGUUUUGUCAGCUCAAAGGGCAGCGCAAAUUUCCUUACAGAAAGCAGAUAUUGCUAUCACGAGAAUGGCCAACGCACGAGCGAAAGCCGAACAAGCUGAUGCAGCCGGAGAUAAAGCCCAACAAGAUUGCGACGUGGCGAGGUUAAAAGCCAAAGAAUACGCUCCGGAAUUCCAUCAACCAGGU